UCCCCUACCAUCAUCGCUCACCUCACAUCGCGCACACACCACCACCUCCACUGUUCUUCUCUGACCUCCGCAGCCUCCUCUGCUUGCACGCAGCGACGUCAGCAUAUCAUCCACACGCAUCCAAGCAUCCAUGACAAAAGUUCACCCAAACGGCGCGGCAGCAGCUGCAGUUGCUCCGGCAGCCGUGGUGGAGGAGGAGGAGGCGGUGUCGCUGACGGUGUGGCGGCGGUCGCUGUUGUUCAACGGGAAGGGGUUCACGGUGUUCGACUGCAUGGGCAACCUCGUCUACCUCGUCGAGACCUACGGCGGCGGCUCGCCCCGGGAGGUCGUGCUCAUGGACGCCGACGGCCAUGGGCUCCUCACCAUCCGCCGCAAGAAGCUGAGCUUGGCGGACGAGUGGCUCAUAUACGAUGGCGACGCGACAGCGGCGGCUGCGCCACCGAAGCGGUUCACGGCCCGGCGGCAUGUGAGCCUGCGCCCGACCAGGUGCCUGGCUCACCUUUCCCCGCCGCGCAGACAGUCCUGCGCGGACGCGGGAGCUGCGCACAGCAGCCGGUACGACGUGGAGGGCUCGUACGCCGGACGCAGCCUCGACGUAUUCGCCUCCUCCGUUUCAGGUGGCGAGCAGCGGCGGCGAGUCGCUACGGUGUGCGAGAAGGAGGCCGCCGUCGGGCCGGACGUGUUCCGCCUCGUCGUGCAGCCGGGCUUCGAGCCGUCGUUGGCCAUGGCCGUUAUUAUCCUUCUGUGGACCAGAUGAACGCAUCCUGAACAUGGCUCGGGGAUGAAAAUUUGGGCAUAAAGCAUAUUCUGAUUGCUUUAGCGACUGAUGAGCCUCUUUUGUAUGCUUCAACAUUAUCGUGUCAUCUCUCCUGAGCAGAGAUGAUUGAUGGAAGCAUUUGUCGCAGUUCCAGGGGCGCGACCCUGUUAUGUUCGGAUUUCAAGAUUCAGGGUUAGAGGUUUUCUAUCUGUAUGUGCCAGGUUUCAUUUUACUUGUUGGCCUAAACAAAUCAGCACACAUAGGAGGUGAUAGAUGUAUAUAUAGAUCAAAUGAUCCAAACAUUGAAGUUAUGUGUGGGUGUACAUACAAGUCCAAUUCUUUUUCUUUCCUUGAAAGGAAAUUACGAUGACUAUGUUCUACAACA